AGAGCUGUAACAGCGUGUGGACUCCAUUGAAAAGGGGGCCUUAUUAUCUACAAUAGGAGGACACACACGAGGUCCUACAAGAAACAGUACUUCAGCGUGGGCGUCCUAAAAGUCCAGGUCCAGGUUCUUAUCCAACGACCCCUGGAAUAGAUCAUACGAACCUUUAUAAUACUGGUGGCAGAAAGGUGAAAGGAAAUAAGACCGAAGGCCGGAGUGGCCGAAAGCCACAAUUCUGACCUUAAGUGUUCAGAGAACCACACCAAACCACAACACACCACAAGACCAGACCACAGCAGGUCACGUCAAGCAACUGAACCCCCCUCCCCCUCUCCCCUUCCUCCCCCCUGCCUGAAGGCUGCAUCCAUCAUCACCCUGUGAUCGUCUUCAUUCAGCAGAAAGUCAUCGUGCUGUAAGUCGACCUACCACCACUGGGACCGGACAGGAAGCCCAGAGGUUCCUCCGCUGGAGCUCUGAGCUGUGCCUGGCAAUGCCUCAGGUGAAACACAUCCUGACUCCUUCCCCAUGCAGACUUGUGAGCCUAGUGUCAGUGGGAUGGAGCCUCCCUUUGGGGACGCGUUUCAGAACUACUCGUUUGCUGACCAGGCCCUGACCAGCACUGAGCUGCUCGCCACCAGCUCUGACCCAGAUUUCAUGUACGAACUGGACAGAGACAUGACCCACCGGCAGAGCCCCUGCAGGGACAGCAUGGUGGGGGUCGGGGACGGAGGGAAGGAGACAGAGGGCUGCGUUGAUCAGCUCAUGGGUGUGGGCGAAAGUGAGAGAGAAGUCUACAGCAACUCGACGUUCGAACAGUGGGACUCCUACUGGGAAGACCUCACCAGAUACACGCGGCUGGCCAGCUGUGACAUCUGGGGCACCAAAGAGGUGGACUUCCUGGGACUAGACGACUUCUCCAGCCCCUACCAAGAUGAGGAGGUGAUUGGUCGAACCCCGACGCUCGCUCAGCUUAACAGCGAGGAUUCUCAGUCCGUCUGUGAGGCGCUUUACCCCCCUGGUGACCUCACCCUGCCAACUCCCUCGCCACAGCCUCAACCUCAGCCUCAGCCGUCACAAUUCCCUUGUCACAGUAAGAGACCCCUGAUCCCUGGCCAAGGACCAGGUUCCUCACGGCCCUCUCCGAGUUCCACGUCCUCUUCCCGUCCUUCCUGCAACCUUCUCCCAGAUUUCCCUGAGAGCUCUCAAAAAGCCACCAGACCCGUCCCCUCCAGCACAGAGACUAUGGCCAAAACUCAGACCCUCCUCAGCCUCAGCCAGGACCAUGGCCAAGGUCAAACCAAGGCUCCAGGGAGAGGAAGCAAGAUGGCCUCCCCAAAUUCUCCUGGCACUGACUUUGUGCGAAAGGCUAAAGUCCGUGUCAGCGCUGUGCGUAAUACUCAGCCUGACAAGCCCUCCCAGACAGACUUUGAGCGGUCAGAUCCCCCACUGAGUCUCCCCCAGCCCCAAGACGAGAAAGCCUCCACAUCAGCAAGCGCCACUGUGGUGGGAUCUCCUGCUGCAGCAGCUGGGGGUUCUGCCAGCCUGACAAGCUUUGAGCGGAGGCCAGAGGUGAUAGUGAAGAGAGAGAUGCCUGGAGGCCGGACUGCCUCCACGCCACAGCUGGUGGAAACGAGCCAGGGGCUGGAGGGUGGCACCUCUGGGCUUGUCAGCGCCGUUGGUGAAAACGUGGCAGGAGCUAGCGGCAGCGUUCUAGUGGGUGAAGGAACAGAGAAGAGCAAGGAGGAAGAACAUAACUACUCCCUGUUUCUGACCCGCAGCAGACUGGCCGGCAGAGCUCACUCCCAGCUGGAGGAGGAUGAAGAGGAGGAGGAUGAGGAAGAGGAGGCAGAGGAAGAGGAGGAGGAAGGAGACGGGCUGGAGCUGGAUGAUGAAGACCAUGAUGAGGGCUUUGGCAGUGAGCAUGAGCUGUCUGAGAAUGAGGAGGAAGAGGAUGAAGAGGAGGAUGAAGAUUAUGAAGCAGACAAGGACGACGACAUGAGUGACGCCUUCUCUGAGCCAGGCUGCGACAUGGAGCUGAUGGAGGACAUUAAAGGUCUGACUGCAGGAGUUUCAAGCCGAAAGAGAGGCAAGCGUCGCUACUUCUGGGAGUACAGCGAGCAGCUCACCCCCUCCAAACAGGAACGUAUGCUCAAGCCAUCUGAGUGGGACAGACACACGCUGCCUAGCAACCUGUACCAGAAGAAUGGGCCUCUCCAUGGAAAGUACCUGCUGAAAAAGUCUCGCCGAACAGAUGUUGAAGACCUCACUCCCAAUCCACGCAAGUUGCUGCAGAUCGGCACCGAGCUCCGCAAACUGAACAAGGUGAUCAGUGACCUGACCCCCGUCAGUGAGCUACCUGUAACCGCUCGACCACGGUCUCGCAAGGAGAAGAACAAGCUGGCCUCCAGAGCCUGUCGUUUAAAGAAGAAGGCCCAGUAUGAAGCAAACAAGGUGAAGCUCUGGGGACUCAGCACAGAAUACGAUCGUCUGCUGUUUGUGAUCAACACCAUCAAGGAGGAAAUCGUGGCCCGAGUGGAGGACUCCUCUCCUCGUCCAACCAACAUGACAGACACUCUGGAGCAUCUUAUCCAGGAGACACUUGUGGCAUCACCUGUUGCUGGGCAGACUUCAGACUUUGUCAACAAGAUCUUGGAGAACACAGGGCAGGGUGAUCCUACCGGUGGACUGAUCGGCCUGCGCGUCCCCACCUCCAAAAUCUAGACAAACAGAGGUCCACUGAGAGGAGUGGACUAAAUAUUAUCACCGUGCUGUCCUGUUGUAACUAUGCUCCCCUCUGCAUGCCCCUCAAAUCCAGAGUACAUACACAUUGUUAGCCACACAAACACACAUACCACUCCCUGUGUGUAUAUAUGUGUGCUUGUUUUCGCCAUGCACCUGUAUGGCAGACACCCUAGCUUCCUGUCUCUACACAGUGUGUGCAGAGUCAGUGCAUCACCUUCUCCUAACCCAUCGCCAGCAUCUGUUGGGUAAAGCGCCUUUUUUUUUUAAGAAAAGGAUGAAUAGGUGUGUAGCUAAGAGCAUGUUGCAAAUCCAUUGGGAUUCUUAGGUGUGUUAAGCAAAAGCAAAGCAUUGUGUACGGUCUGCUUCCAGGGCUGAGACAAAAAAAAAAAAUCGUAUGAGUGUAACCACUGGAAAACUUUCACGCAAUUGUUCGAGGUUGCAAUGACAGAGGAAGAAUUGUUCAACGUCAGUUGCCAUCAGAUGUAAGAGAAGUUAUCAUUUCUCAGAAGAGGUUCAUCUCUCAUGGCAACAACAACAAAAACAGGAUGUCCACACUGAGUAAAGUACUUUGACUAAAAUAAAAACAGCUUUGGGUGCAUGGACUGCUGCAUACAGAAAGAAAAUGAGCAGCAUGCUCCGAGGCGUCAUGGGUUGGCAGGAUGUAUUUUGUAUUGAAGGCCUAAAUAUGUUCAUGCCAUCCCGUUUUAAAACCAGCUGAGCUGUUGUUAUUACAUAGGAGGUGCAAAUUUAAGCUCAAAACAAAAAAAUCAAACGAAAGUUUCACAAUUUAAGUGUCAGAAUCCUGCUGGGUUGAAGUUUUGAGCAUGCAGGAUGAAGCUUUUAUUUUGAAGACGUUAACUUAAACAACAGGAGGUAGUUGUGCGUGUGGUUUGGUGCUUUUUUGGCCUUGUGCUAGUUUGAACUGGACUGAGUGAAAUGGGCAAUAAGCCAUUGUGGGAGCAGAUUGAGAGGAAGAUGAUGUUUUUAGAUAAAGAUGACAAACAGUGAUCCAUCUCCUCUUGGAAAGUGUACAUAAAAAGUGUCUCAGAGUGACAAAAACGGCACUGGCUUUCCUUUUUGUACAGCAGAGACGACCAGGCUAACAGUUUGGUGUGUUCAUACUAUAGUGUUUGAUCAGAGUUCUAUUCAUCGUGCCUUGUGUAUGUAUGCGUGCGUGUUUCUGUAAGUCUGAGUGAGAGAGUGCGUGUGUACGAGGGAUUGGUCAGAACUCCCUGAGGUCCAGCCAAGGAGGGGAUGACUUUACACUGAGGGAGAUUGUUAGUGAAUGUGAGGAGAUAGAGACACACCUGUGAGAUUUGUUGUGUAUUUCAGUUGUCUGAUGAUCUUCUGAAUGUACAUAUAAAGAAAUGGAAGCUCUUGUUGCAUGAUGCCACAGAGUCUGUGUAAAUAGGAGGGCUCUGCAAUAGAUUACUUUUGGUUUUUGGUACUCUGUCUUUAGGGAUCGGGGGAGGGGUAAACAGAUAUUUUUGUUAAGAGUUACAUAAAAAUAUUUGCACACUAUAUUUUGAUUGUUUUUUGUACCAAAGACACAUGCAACGAAAUGGCGAACAGCCAGUUUAAGUAAGGUUUUGCACAGCUUACCUGACGCCGUAUUGAAUGUAAGAAAUGUGGGAGGGUCAGGGAAAUUCAAUGAACUGUGAAAUUAGCUUGGGUCCAAUUCUGUACAGAAAAGGAACAUUCAUUUUAUUGUUUUUGAAUCUAGAAGUUAAUCCCAUCUAUGGGCUUCUCCGGUAGAUUUACUGCUUAGCAAGCACUUCAUUCCUGAACUGAUUCCUCCCUCCACAUGCUAAUUGUGUUUAUGGCGCUUUCUAGGACAAAAAUUGAGAGUGCUGGUAGAUAAGCUAUGUUACAUAUUCUGCUUGUUUGUCAAAAUGUCAUGAACAAUAACCAAAAUGUUUUGUUGUGUCAUUUGUUUGAUUUUUCUGUGCGUAGACGAGGUCUAGUUCAUCGACAAAAUAUUAACUGAAUUGUGUUUUCAAGUACUGUACAUAGAACAUUAAUGAUAUAUAUAUCUAUCAAUGGUGAAAUGCCACUUUUCAUGACAAUUGAUUCAUUUUUAAGCAUGACACAUUUCUAAAGCCUACCCUUGCAUCGAGAACGUUAGAGGAAAAAAAAACAAAAGCCAAAAAAAAAAAAAAAAAAAAAGAAGUUCUUGUUAUAUUUUUGUACUUUAGCUGCCUGCUAGCUUUCCUGUUGGAAUUUUGGUCAGAUUUUCUUCAAGUUCAGAGAAGGAGAGUUGGUGGGGAGAAGGAGAAGUCUUACAACACCGUCAGUGUGUCUGAUAGUUAGACCCCUGUGGUCUGGUUUGCUGGCUGAGUGACCUGCAGAUAAUCUGGACUUUAUUUAAACACAAUGCAGUGAAGCCCUGUUCUAGUUUAUAAAGAGGAUGAGGACAUCCUGUCUGAGCUGUGUGAAGAUGUAAGGAAAGAUGAGGAUGAGGUGUUGCUACAGGUGCUGCAAGAAAGCCAAAGCUCUUAUAUUUUAGUCCCAGGUUGAUCUGGAUUUAGCACUGUGUAUUUCCACUUCUGAUUUUCACAAAUACCCCCUCCUUAACGAUAGAGUUGGUCUGAUUUUGCCUUCCUGAGAUUGAUGUGUUUACCUUUGAGGUCAAAUAGCUGAUUUUUUUCCUGCCUGGCCUUGCCUCUGGUCUUCAGCUUGCAUCCUUCCAAUAACUUCAAAACACAGAGAUACAAAGUCAAGGCCACAAACUAGUAGCCUGUUUAACCCUUGUUAAAAAAUGCAUGAUGCUUGUAUGCUUGCCUCGUAGCUCUGCCCUCAGAGGAAACGCUGCUAAUCUCAGGAACUCUAAAAUUCAACCACAACCUACACAGUCAGCAGGAAAAUACAAACAAUAAGCGUUUAGAGUGGCUGAGUUCAGGUUAGUCUUAGGUGAGAAAGUCCUCCUUCACUGAAUGAACUCUGAUGUCUGACGAUGGUGAUGCAGAGCUGUGGUCUUUCUUUAUAACAGCCAGUGCUACCCACACACAUAUAUAUAAAUAUAUUUUUACUGUUUGUGUUCUGUCUAAAAAGGGAGAAAUGGUGCUUUUUCUGAAACUAGAAUGAUGAGUAUCCAUGAUUCUUAUUUUAGUCUAGCUGUAGCCUAAUGACUUGCUCUCCCGUCCAUAGCUAUUUUCUUAGUAGUGAUUCAUUUUUGUAAAUAGCCUAUAUAAGUUAAUAUCUAUCUUCUCAAUGUUAGAUAUGUGUAUAGAAUACUCUAUCUUAUAUGUUUGAAAACAAAAGCACUUUGUCCAAAAAAGGAAAAAAAAAUCAAACAAAAAGAAAAGCAUUUUUUUCUUCCAUUUGCUGCUAAAAGGCCUGGUGUGAAUGCUGCAAGUGUACCUGACGACUACUUGCUAGGAUAGGUCUAUUACCUGACUCAGCUAGGUCUAUAAAAAAGCAAGGAACUGUUGUGUGACCUGGUGAGGGUUGUAGCUCCACGUUUCUGGAGCCAUGUGAUGAUAUGUGGCAUCGAAUAAGAGGGUAUCAUCGCCUGGUUUCGGGAAAGUUUAGUGUCUUGAUGGGAUAGGUCUAUUUCCUGGUCAGGGGAUAGUGUGUUUGUGGUCUUAAAAAAAAGAGGGUUUUGAUUCCAGGGCCCCUACAUUGAUCCUGAUGCUGACCCCCUUGGCGUCAUGAUUCAUUUGCCUUCAGUAGAGGUUUCCUAUGGAAAAACUGAUUCUGCUUUGGCUUCCUCUUCAGGGUGAUGUACAGUGUAGACACAUUUCUCCAGAGAGCUAUAUUGUUAUCAUUUGUAAACUGAUUUCUACUUGUGACUUAAUGAGGAGGGGGUUUAGCCUGGGGUGGCUGGAAACAAUCUGUUUGAAAGAUGUUGUUCCCAGCCAACUUAGGGGGAAGUUACUAUAUCACUGUACUGUAUGGCAAGCCAAUUACAAAUGGAGACUCAAUCCGGACACUUAUUGCCUUUUAGUAACUUUUCAUCACACAAACAACAAUAACUAUAUGGCAGAUGAGUCUGAUCUCAAGGGAUGUUCCCUGAGGUUUAAGGCAUCAUUCUGCCAUAAUACGGUCAACAACAACAAAAUCCAUUCAGCCUGAUUGGCUCAAAACUACCAUGACUGAAGAACAGACGUGGUGAAAUCUACCUGAGAUACUGCUUCAAAAGUUGAAUGACUCAUUCUCAGUUUGAAUAAUAUUUGAAGCAUUUUUCAGAUUUUUUUGCCCAGGUCUGAUAGGGGGUCGACAGCGGUUACAUCAGCUGCUGGUUGACGACUGUCAAGAGGCUUAAGAGAAGGAAUGUGUGUUUUGUUGUCUAUCACAAGGCUGGUUCUCAAGAGAGUCCUCACAGGUUUUUACAUUUAAAAUGAGAGGCGAAAGCUGUGCAACUUUACAUUCAAACCAGGAGACUCUGUGGCAUUUUAACAGUGGAGGAGUGAGUGAAUAAAUCCACGCCAGUAAAACUAUUCCUUCUUUGAUUUCUGAUGACAUAAAUCCUAUACAGUCAAAUAUUAAGCUACUAGAGUGUGUAACUUUGUGCUACUCUUGUCCAAUAAAAGCUAAGUGGAUCCAUAAAGCUCUUCUUCAGCAAAUCAGGGUAAUAUCGUUCUUCUAUUUGACGUAUGUGAUGACAUAUAAAAUCAAAAGAAAAUAUAUUUAUGUAUUCCAAUUAUUGUCGCCAUUCUUUACUCUGUACAAAAUAUUUUAUGUGCGUGUGUGCGCGUGUGUGUUACUAUAAAUGUCAAUCAAUGUAGAUCGAUGCUCUCUACAGGAACUGAAAAAUAAGGCCAACAGACUUAUCACAACAAAUCACAACCUUUCAAACAGACAUGAUGUUAAAUGUGUCCACUCAUUAGAAAAUUUGAUUCAGAUUUCUAACCGUAAAUUAACUGGUUUUUGUCACAUGGUGCUGAUUACUUUUCAUUAUAUCUGAAAUAAUCCAAGAAAAUUAAUGGCAUCAUAUUCAGAGCAUGAGCAACAACUGCCGGACCAAUCGGAGAAAGAUUCACAUGCAGUCUUGCUCCACAGCAGAAUGGUGAUUUCUGUGUUACUGACCUGUUAUCAUCAUUAUUGUGGUAUUUCUUUUGUAAAAAGCCAGAUUCCAAGACUUGACGUCACUGCCUGAAAGUCAAAGAGGAUCAAAAUAUACAGCUAAAAACUAUGACACAACUCUGGUGUGUUAAGACGUAGUUUAUACAUUUAAUAACAAAGAGAAUAUAAUAUGAGAAUUUUUAAUGUUAUGUCUGUUAUUUUCCAAUUAUCUACCACAUUUAAAGACAAACAUGAUCUGGGAAAAUAGUGAUAAUGUUUACGUUUGCAUCCAGAUAAUCAAACCUUUUUUAUGUCCGUGCCAAGCAAGUCAGCUGAUUAUAUCUGUCUCCAUUCGGAAUCUAAUUAAACAUUUAUAAAGAAUUUAAUUAUAAUCAUUAAUGUGUUGUUGGUUUACAAAGCUGUUCUUGUUAGUAUUUCUUUUUAAAAGUUAAAAAUGUCAUCAAAAACACUAAAAGAUGUUGUAAGUAAUUAAAUUCUGUCUUUAGAUGAUUACAUUAAAUUCUAAAAAACUGACCUGACUGAUUGAGGCAAUGACAAUGAAUAUUUGCUCUUUUUGGGUUUACCUAUCUGAAAUAAAAUAUUCCUGUUAAUUUUAAUAUCUAUCUGCAUCAAAGUAGAUGGGACUUUCUGAUCCACAUUGGCAUGGGCAACUGAAUGCAAUAGGAACCACCCAACCUUGAUAAAAUUAGAGUGCUGAAACAGUUUUCUGUCCUGUUAAUAAAAUCUUGCAUAUAUAUAGUUUUACAGCAACUGAUAUAACACAUUUUAGACUCCUCCCCCUGUUGGCUGCUGCAGACCUGGAGCACUGAGCUUAGCUCUAUGAUUAAUUCUUUACACCUAACAAAUUAAAGUACUUUAUUAAAAUUUUGAGCAUGGAAAAAAAAUGAAGGAUAAUCUCAGAACUAUUAGGACAUUUUCCAAGCUGUCGUUUUACUACUUUGAGUUGUAAGGCUUAUAACUUGUAUGUGAUGGCAGCCAGCUGAUCACACAAAUGUUGUUUAAACCUGGUUUCUGUUAGUCAUUUGAUGCAUUAAACCAGGGGUUAUCAAACUUUUUAGUCUGUGACCCCCAAAAUUGAGGAGCCAGAGACCGGGGACCCCCCCUGUACCUGAAGGUGGUCGAAGCAAUGUUGAACACAGCCGUGGACAUUGAAGAAUAGUCUUGUGCAUACUUACAUUUUAAAGAUUUUUUUUUAAAAAACAUUACUUGAAUUUCAGCAUAAAUCUCACCAAAUUACCAUGUUUUUAUUCCACAUUUGAAAUCCUUUGAAAGGCGUCUGGCAACCCCAUCUGUGGGGGUCGCGACCUUCACAUUGAGAACAUAAAUGUAACAAUUUAAAAGUAAAUUUAUUCGAUGGCCUUGCCCACAAUUGGUUUUUAUGAACGUUUCCAAAACAACCAAUGAGAGACAGUGAGCUCUGAAAACUGACUGAGCAACUGAAUGUUACAGGAGAUAAUUGGGAAAUUACAGAUUAAAAAAAUAAACCAUAUCUUAUCAUAAUGGACUAAUAAAAGCAGGAAUACCCUCUUGCAGGCUGUGAUGUCAGAUCUCAGAGUCUGGCUUUACGUCUCUUUCACAUUUCAAUGUUUCCUGUCUUGUUUGAAUCCAUGUGAGCUGUCCCUGUUGCUUGUAAAAGCGCCUCAUCUUCAGAGGCUGUAUGCUUACUGUUGUUCUCUGUGUCUAAACGACACACCAGAAAUGUACUCUGUGAUUAAGAUACAGUGAGAACGCUGCAUGCCAAUUUCCUGCAGAGCACUGAGACAACCAAGUGACGUCUGGAAAUCAUUUGCAUGUUAGGAAAUAACUUGGCGUCCCCAUUGUCAGAAAGUGAAUUCACUGUACUCUCAGUUGAAUGAUUUCAUUCUUGCUGCUAAUGAAUGAGCACAAAGAGACUCUAGAUUUUCGUUGAGCGUGUCUACACCACAAAUACAGUAUAAUAUUACCACCAACCCCGCUUUUUUUCUCCACACCUUUAUCUUUACAACAGUCAAAAGCCCAGCAGUGUUACUCACCUUGCACUUGGUUUUUACAUAAACAAGAAAAAAAAGUACUUUGAAAUGAUGCCUGCUGAACCAGGUGCCUUAAUUAAAUAUAUGAGAACACAAAUCUACACCUUGUGUCAGUCUGGAGGGGGUUUCCCAAAACCUACACUUGAAGUACAAAAAACUGAAAAUAAAGCUUCACUUAACCCAGUCAUUACUUUUGUAAUAUAUUCAGCCUUUAUAGCAGAUCUGAGCUCUUUUGUUGUCAUAAAUAGAAAAAAAUAAAUCUCUCUUUCAAAGCAUCACUAAAGAAAACCAUGAUUGACAACUUGUGAACUAAGCUAAUGUUGUUUUGGGAAACCUAGUUCUGUUUUUAGCUCUUUCUCUGCCCACUAUGCCACGUUAUUGUGUUUUCUGUAUUGGCUGCUACUGCUGCUAUCACCGCUGGUGUGUCUGCGUGGAGACAACCUCCACUGUGUCUGAGGCAGAAGGAAACUUGGGCCUGCUUUUUACCUUAAAAAUUAUGAUGCAUUCUUGUUCUUCUUCUUUGGUUUUAACAUGCAGCAUUGUGUUGCUGCCUCUUAUGACCUUUUAGAGCAAGAAAAUGAAACUUAAAAAACAUACUUUCCCUUUCUUAACUUUGCUAUGAUGAAGUGCCAGACCCUCCUUGAAGUCAGUGUUGGCACUGAGUCGCAGGUUGCGAAUGAAGCGACAAACUGAGCAUGGAGGCAAACUGUGGUGCUAAUCUGUCCGUUGCUGGGUGCUAACAUGGCUGUGUUCACGAGCUGUAUUAGCCAUAAUAUUUCUUCUGUUGAUGACUGGGGUCAGUGUCAUGUUCUGACUGCUGCACUGUAUGCUGACAUGGUGAGGUUUAACUCUGCUGCUGCUUUGCUGAUGAAUGUAGGCUAGUCUUCCUCAGCAGGAUCAUUCAGACAGAUGUGAGUAUCUGGUGGAGCUUUUUUCUGUUGUUCUGUUUCCUUUUUUUUUUGUUUGAAGCACAGAGGGAGCUUCCUGUCGUCAGGAUCCAGAACGAUCAUGAAUGUUGUAUUUUUAUAAGGCCCAGUCCAGCUUAUGUAUUUAAACUUUGUUUGAAAUAAGAUUAUAGUUUGAUAUUUAUACUUUGACUCCAUGUUGCUUGUUCAAAAUUUAACCCUAAAUUACAUAUUUUUGCCUUUUUCCAUGAUUCAUGUUUUCAUAGCAUUUCUUUGAAAUUUAUGUGUUUCAUCCUAUAAAUUUAGUGUUAGGAGAUGACUUGUCAAAUCCAAAUUUUAUAGCUUUUCCACUGGUGCAGGCUUCACCAGGAGUCAAGGACUUUUCAUGGAGUUCACACACAUGAAUCAGAGUGAGAAUGUAACAAGACUUUUACAUCCUGCAUCCCUCAUCCAAUCACUGCACACUGGAAAUGUUUAAAAUGGUUUAAAAUGGUUUAAAAAUUAUAUCAAAUGAUGUUGAACCAAACAGCUGUGAAUUGAUCGAUUUGAACAUCAGAGUGUAAAAUUUACAGUUUGAUCAUCAACAGAUGAAUAAGAAAAAUACAACAUUCAAACGCUCCCCUACACUCUGCGAUAAUAUUCAUGUAACGCUACAGACAAUUAAGUAAUUUAAUAGCAGUUAUGUAAAUGUAGUUUUUUUGCAAAAAAAAAUAAAGAAAACAAAAAUUAACAACAACUAAAAGAUCUGCACAUUAACUGAACGAUCCAACUCUUAUUCCAGGAAUAAAAGCAUAUUUGUUCAUGUUGAAAAGAUAUGAGGUAUUUGCUUACAUAGCCUCAGACAGGACCCUUGCUAUCACUUUCAUUAUUUUAUGGUAAAUAUGAAGCAACUGGCUAACGUAGCUAAGCAUAGACUGAAAAGGGGAGCGCACCUAACCUGGCUUAGUCUGAAUGUAGAAUAAUGUUGAAAAUAUCAUUUUCACUCAUCAGAUGCUAUUAAACCAUUGUGGCAUCAUUGAUAUCUUUUUUACUAUUUAAAAAAGAUAGAUAUUACUGACAUAAUUUUUGCAGGGGCACUUCAUACCCUCUCUGUAUUUUGAUGAAGGGAUCCUCAGUUUCAUUGUUGCUUUGAGUCAUCUGUGUGAAGCUCUUGAAGUAUUUUGUUUUGGAGGUUUUUUUUUGUUUUUGUUUUUGUUUUUUUUACAAAUUCAGAAGGGGCAUUUUUUUUACUGUUUUACACAGCAGUGAAUGUCUUUUGGCGUUUCACUCAUGUUGGGAAGCUCAAAUGACGGUGUAAUGUUGUACUACUGUGUGACAGGUUGUAAGUCUUAUAUAAGGGCACUUGUUGCAUAUUUCAUUUAUUCUUAUUCUUAUAAGGAGUUUUGAAGACACUCCCAGUAAAACCACAUCUGCCAUUAUGCUAGCUAGAUGCAACUCCUAGCAAACAUUAAGUAAACCAAAAUUUUAACUCUCAGCUUAUAUAACGUAAGAUCUGAAAUAAACUCUGGGCUGGUACUCUGUUGCAUAACAAGUUAACUAAGCUCGUAUUGUGUUAACUAAGAAGUGAUCUCAUUUCUAGCACUGCAUUAGCUAAGAAGUAGCAAAUGCCAAAGUCUAAUUUUAGAUUAGCAAAAAAAAAGUUAGCAUUGAGUUAGUUAAGUAAUAGUAAACUCCUAACAAUAAUUUUGCAUUGGUAAAGGAGUAAAUCCCUGCUAGCACUGUGUUAGCUUAUGAAUAUUGAACUAGCUAUAACUUAAAAUCAGCUAGGUAGUAAACCCCUUGCUAGCACUGCAUUAGAUAAGUAAUUGAAAACCCCUAGCUAAAAUGUAACAUUAGCUAAGACAUAAACUCCCUGUUUUCACUGUGUUAGCUAGGUAACAGCAUUUUAGAAUUUAACAUUAGCAAGGAAGUAAACUGCCUGCUUUUACUGUGUUUGCUAAGUAAUGGCUAGCUAACUAUAAUUUCAAGUUAGCUAGACUCCUUGCUAGCACUGCAUUAGUUAAGUAAUAGUAAACUCCUAUUAUUUACCAUUAGCUCAAAAGUAAACUUCUUGCUAGCAUUGUUAGCUAAGUAAUAGAAAAGCACUAACUACAAUUUGACAUUAGCUAAGCAGUAAACUCCUUGGUAGCACUGUUUAAGCUAAGUAAAAGCAAACUCCUCACAGUAAUUCAACACACGGUAGGGAGUAAAAUCCUUGCUAGCACUCUGUUAGCUUAGCUGUAAAUUCCUAACUAAAAUUUAAAAUUAGCUAAUAGCACUGUGUUAGCUAAGAAGACAGAGGGUAUGCAUGUGAUGUAGUAGCAGCACUGUUCCAGCCAAUGAGUGGCAAAAAAGAUGAGCUGGUAACAGACAUCAAUGGAGAAUAAGCAGUUAACAGCAUUGUUUCAACUGAAAAUUGCCAGCUUUUUAUGUUAGUUGUCACCUUUAUUGUAUUAAUUCAAAUGUAUUUUCAGAUUUUACUCAGGAUUGCCCCUUUUCCACUACCAGUUGUAGAUUUAUUAGAAGUCAUGAAAUGAAAACAAGUGGUUAAAAAAGUCCUACACCCUGUUAUACAGCUGUGUGACUUGAGUGCAUUGUCAUCUCACCCUGAGUUUAAACCUGUAGGAGAUGGCUGCUGUGAUUAUAGUCAAUGAGGUCCCAAAUCGGGCUCCAUGAGUCAGCAAAGACAGCCUUGCCUUGACACAAGUCCAUCUGACUUGACUGACCAAGGAUCAGGUGCUCCACAGCCUGGGAGCUCAGUUUAGGAAUUUAAUGUUGGUGGGGAAAUAUUAAAGAAAUGUGAUCGGUUUUCUAGUAAAACUUCUCUAGUGUGCCAGAGAGGUUUUGACACCCCCCCCCCCCCCCUUUCUGGGUGCUGUGAUUGUUUUGUUUUUCUUUUUUUGUAAAUUUUUUAGAAGGGCUUUGGUUCACAGUCGUCUUGUCAGGGAGCUCCUGAGAUUUGCCAGGGGCCACUUAAUAAAGGCUGGUGGGCAGAGACCUCUCACCCUUCUCUAUGAUGAACGAUGAAGAGGAAGGGUUAAUUUUCUCCUCUGCAGACUGAUCUUAUUAAAGCAAAUGACAAAAACCCACCCUAAAUAAUUAAAAUAAAACCCCUCGUUUCAUAUCUACUCACUCAUCAUCCAACACUGCAAUGAUUAACCUUCCUCCAGACUUGCCAAAACUCAUGGAGUGAGAGAAGCUAAACAAAAGUAAAAGUUUAUCUUAAAGCAUCUCUUUUGUUUCUUUUCAUUGAAAUUUUUGGUAAUUAAGCAACAGGAAGUAAGAUGAUUUUAUAGGAAAUCCAUACAAGUCCAAACAUGUAGAGAAUGUGUGAGGUAUGGGUCAUCCUGUGCUCCACAGCUACAUGCCAUUGUUUUGAUGCUUCUGGUCUUGUAUGGUAACUUAUUUGAUUAGAUCAACAGCAUGGGAUCUCUCUGUAGUUAGUCCUGUGUGUGUUCCUCUCCCCAGUCUCAGUAGGAAGGCUGGUCUUCAUUGCUAAGUGCUCUAUAAUAGAUCUCUUGGUGAUUCUAAUUUCAUAAAGAAGCAAAACCUGCAGAAAGUAAAGUAUCCUGCUGAAACUAACUUGAUCCUCUCUUUAGCAAUGACGUCUAUAUUUGUAGUUCACAUAUAUGCCUGUUCAAUACAAUAUCUUGACAGUCGUUAUAUUUAUGUUGUGUAAUAAAUGUCGUGCUGGGUUUUUACUUUUGGUUUAUCUAACUUUAUCUCUGUUUUACAUUUCUUUCUUGGAGGCACAGUGGGUGGCUUUAUGCACAGGGAAGGAAAUCUAAAAGAGGUUGUGUUUCUUUAUUUUCUUUAAGGUUUGUACUGUAAGGACUCAUUCUGUUUCAGAGCUUCUGACAGUCUUUGUCUCUGGCUGCUUGACAUACUGCAGACACCUGCCCUGAAUCUCUGUCGUGUUUUUGUGCCUCUCUCUUAUUUUUUUAAUCAUUCUUUCUCUGUUGUAUCAGCCAGGAGUUGGUACCACAGCUCUGCUUGUAACCACAUUAGUCUGAUUAUGUUUAUUGAUUUUAAUAUCAAAAUAAUAAAACCAUUAGCACCCCAA